AUACGAUUUAAAUGCAAUCUUCAAAAUACAAUUAUUGACGUCCUAAGAGAUAGGGGAUGGACAGAGGUUAAAGAUGAAAGUGAUUGGGAUUUUUACUGGUGUGACGUCGGAUGGCUGCGGGAAAACUUUGACCACAUGUUUAUGGAAGAACAUGUUAGAAUUUGUCACUUUCGAAAUCAUUACGAGUUAACAAGGAAAAAUCUUAUGGCCAAGAAUUUGAAACGAUUACGCAAGCAAAUCGAGCGUGAACAGGGGAAAGUAGAAGCUACCAAGUGUGAUUUCUUUCCCACUACCUAUGAGCUUCCUUCUGAAUUUCAUAUCUUUGUUGAGGAAUUUAAGCGAAAUCCUGGAUCGACCUGGAUCAUGAAGCCUGUCGCAAAAUCGCAAGGGAAGGGAAUUUUCUUAUUUAGGAAACUGACCGAUAUUCCUGAUUGGUGUAAGAAAAAAGGGAUGGAUGCGCCAGACACUUAUAUUGUACAAAGAUAUGUAGAGUCUCCUUAUUUAAUUGGAGGGAGAAAAUUCGAUAUGAGAAUCUAUGUUCUUGUCACCACGUAUAUUCCGAUUAAAGCCUACUUAUAUCGUGAAGGAUUUGCAAGAUUUUCCAAUACGCGUUAUAACUUAGAAAGCAUAGAAGACUCUUAUAUUCAUCUAACAAAUGUUGCGAUUCAGAAAACUGCACCUGAUUACGAUUCAGAAAAGGGAUGUAAAUGGUCCCUGGAUUCGCUUAGAAAAUACUUAACGGCUAAACAUGGCAUUGAAAGCCUUGAAACACUGCUACAAGCAAUUACUAACAUUUUUAUAAAGAGUUUGCAAAGCGUUCAGCGAGUUAUUAUCAACGACAAGCAUUGCUUUGAAUUAUAUGGAUUCGAUAUUUUAAUUGAUGCUAAUUUAAAGCCUUGGCUAUUGGAAAUUAAUGCCUCGCCGUCUCUAACCGCGAGUAGUCAAUCUGAUUAUGAGAUGAAAGUUCGUCUAUUGGAAGAUGUACUAAAUGUGGUUGAUAUGGAAAACAAGCUAACGGGCAAGGAGAAAAGAGUUGGUGGGUUCGAUUUAAUUUGGGAUGAUGGACCAGUAACUAAAGAAGAUGUGGGCUUCGAUUCGAUUUCGUCGUCUUGCACUUUAUUGAUGAUUAUUAAUAUAUACAAAGGGUGUCUGAAUGAUCGCGAGCAACAACUAAAGCAAAUGUACAAGCAACAACAGAAUAAGGCUGCAGCUACUCAAUCCAACAAUUGA